GCGCUACGUGCGGCGGCCGCAGUCGGGCUCCGAGGAGGACGAGGAGGAGAGCGAGGAGGAAGAUCUGUACGGCCCCCAGGCCAACGGGCUGAGCGAGGGUGAUGAAGAGGAGGAGGCGCCGGGCGAAGGCCCUGCCAGCCAGGCCGAGGAGGGAAGCAGUGGGGGCUCGGGGGGCCCCCCCACCCCGUCCCCGCCCCAGGCGACCCCGCCCCCCACUGCCAACCGGCCCAAACGCAAGUGCCGGCGCCGGCGGCCGCUCUUCACCGUGCGCCCGGUGAACGCCAACGGGACCAGCGAGCGCCCAGCCCUGCCCGGCGAGGGCUUCGCGCUGCAUACCCAGCCCUACAUCGCCAUUGACUGGGACUCGGAUAUGAAGAAGCGAUACUACGAUGAGGAGGAGGCAGAGGGCUACGUGAAACACGAGUGCAUGGGCCACGUGCAGCGGAGGCAGCCGGUGAAGCUGCGUGAGUGCGUCGAGCUGUUCACCACGGUGGAGACGCUGGAGGAGGAGAACCCCUGGUACUGCCCCACCUGCAAGCGGCACCAGCUGGCCACCAAGAAGCUGGACCUGUGGGCGCUGCCUGAGGUGCUCAUCAUCCACCUCAAGCGCUUCUCCUACACCCGGCUCGCCCGCGAGAAGCUCGACACGCUUGUGGAGUUCCCCAUCCGUGACCUCGACUUCUCUGACUUCAUUAUCAAGCCCCGGGCAGACGUGGCCCCCGCGCCCCACAAAUACGACCUGAUCGCCGUCUCCAACCACUACGGGAGCCUGCGGGACGGGCACUGUAUGCAGGGGGCAGGGGCUGUGGGUUGUGACCUCGACUUCUCUGACUUCAUUAUCAAGCCCCGGGCAGAUGUGGUCCCCGCGCCCCACAAAUACGACCUGAUCGCCGUCUCCAACCACUACGGGAGCCUGCGGGACGGGCACU